UUUUCUUCCAGCUCCGCUUUUCUCGCCCCGCCCUGCAGCCAUCUCCUGGGUGACGCGGACGCUGCUCGCGGGGAGGUUCCAGGCUGGCUUUUUGAGUGCGCAUGUGCACUGCACCCCCCCCUUAUUUUACCAGCACCGUAGCAAAGGCGAAAAGAUGAAGCGAGUAUUUACCAUAUCAGAAAAGUCUGUGCCUGGUUUCCCUGUGCAAUUUGCUUGGCAGAAAACAUUGGGAAACUUUAUUGCUGUUACAGGAUGUAACAACACUGUAAAAAUCUUUGAUCGCCAUGGCCAAAAGAAAAAUGAAAUUGGUUUACCAGGCAGCUGCAUUGCUAUGGACUGGGAUCAAGAUGGAGAUACCCUAGCAAUAAUUGCUGAUAAGUCUAGUUCCAUUUAUCUGUGGGAUGCCAACACAAACAAAACAAGCCUGAUGGACACUACUAUGAAGGAGCCAAUGUCCUUUUUACGUUGGUCAAAAUCUGAAGCCUUACUUGCUGCUGGAACAGCUAAGGGAAAUGUGCUAAUAUAUAAUCGCCAAACAUCUCGCAGAAUUCCUAUCCUUGGUAAGCACACCAAGCGGAUCACAUGUGGUUGUUGGAGCAGUGGAAAAUUUAUAGCAUUAGGUGGUGAAGACAAAAUAAUAACAAUUAGCAACCAUGAGGGAGACACAAUCACUACGACAUCAGUGAAAGGAGAACCCAGUAAUAUGGAAUUCAUAGUGAUGAAAACUGAUGACAGAACACCAUUACAUGAGACCACAGUAAGCUUUGUGGUUGGUCAGAAAACACUGUAUCUUUUUAAUUUUAAAAAGCCAGGUGAUCCAAUUGAACUACAGUUUCAGCAGCGUUACGGGAACAUUGUGUCUUAUAAAUGGUUUGGUGACAGUUAUAUUAUGAUUGGUUUUUCAUUUGGCUUUUUUGUGGUGAUUUCUACUCACAUUCGAGAGAUUGGUCAUGAGAUCAUUCGGGCUUCCAAUUAUAAAGAUAGCCUGACCUGCAUUGCAAUAUCACAGUCACUAAACAAAGCUGCGACAUGUGGAGAUGACUGCAUUAAGAUACAUGACCUGUCAGAUCUGACUGAAAUAUAUGCGAUAAUAAACUUGGAGGAUGAAAAUAAAGGUCUAGAUCAGCUGUCAUGGACUGAUGAUGGACAAUUGCUAGCAGUGUCUACAAAAAGAGGAUGUGUCCACGUCUUCUUGACAAAACUUCCCAUUCUUGGAGACUCAUGCAGCACACGAAUUGCAUACCUCACAUCACUUCUUGAAGUUACUGUAGCCAACCAUAUUGAAAGAGAGCUGCCAAUUACAGUUUCUGUGGAAGUAGAACCUAGCUUUGUUGCUGUAGGUCAUUAUCAUUUGGCUGUGGGCAUGAAUAAUCGGGCAUGGUUUUAUGCCCUUGGAGAGAGCAGUGUAAAAAAGCUUAAGGACAUGGAAUAUCUGGGAACAGUAGUCAGUAUGUGCCUUAAUUCUGACUAUGCUGCUGCACUUUUUGAGGGUAAAGUUCAGUUGCAUAUGAUAGAAAGUGAGGGCUUGGAUACCCAGGAAGAACGGGAGACUAGACUCUUCCCAGACAUGGACAAUAAAAGUAGAAUUUUGUGCCAUGCUUUAACUGGUGAUUUCCUCAUCUAUGGUACUGAUACUGGUGUCAUUCAGUACUUUUACGUUGAAGACUGGCAGUAUGUGAAUGAGUAUCGUCAUUCUGUCAGUGUGAGAAAAAUAUUUCCUGACCCCAAUGGAUCAAGAUUAGUUUUCAUAGAUGACAAAAGCGAUGGUUUUGUUUACUGUCCUGUAAAUGAUGUUGCCUUUGAGAUUCCAAAUUUCCAGCCAACAGUCAAAGGCAUUCUGUGGGAAAACUGGCCAAUGGACAAAGGUGUAUUUGUUGCCUAUGAUGACGACAAAAUAUACACCUAUGUCUUUCAUAAGGAUACUAUACAAGGAUCCAAGGUGAUUUUGGCAGGAGGCACCAAAGUUCCUUAUUCUCACAAGCCAUUACUAUUAUAUAAUGGAGAAGUGACCUGCCAGACUCAAAGUGGAAAAACCAACAGUGUCUUCCUUAGUACUCAUAGCCUCCUUGGGAAUUUUAAAGACUUGGAGCCUCAUGAGCUGAAGCAAAUACUUACACAGACUUUAAUGUUGAAAAGAUUUUCUGAGGCAUGGGAGGUAUGCAAGCUUCUAAACAAUCAGUCAAGUUGGAACGAACUAGCCAGAGCUUGCUUGCAUCACAUGGAACUAGACUUUGCAAUACGAGUUUACAGAACAAUAAAAAAUGUGGGAAUGGUCAUGUCAAUAGAACAAAUAAAGGGCAUAGAAGAUCAUAACCUUUUAGCAGGACAUCUUGCCAUGUUUACUAAUGAUUUUAAUUUGGCUCAGGAUUUAUAUCUGGCAUCAUCUUGUCCUGAUGCUGCACUUGAGAUGAGAAGAGAUUUACAGCACUGGGAUAGUGCACUACAGCUAGCUAAACGUUUGGCACUGGAUCAGAUCUCCUUCAUAUCAAAAGAAUAUGCUGUGCAGCUGGAAUUCACGGGUGAUUAUGUGAAUGCACUGGCACAUUAUGAGAAAGGAAUUACAGGGAACAAUAAGUUCCAAGAGCAUGAUGAGGCCUGUCUAGCUGGAGUGGCUCAAAUGUCCAUUCGCAUGGGUGACAUUCGGCGAGGCGUUAACCAGGCUAUCAAGCAUCCUAGCAGGAUGUUGAAAAGAGAUUGUGGAGCUAUAUUGGAGAGCAUGAAGCAAUUUUCAGAAGCUGCCCAGCUUUAUGAAAAAGGACAGUACUAUGACAAAGCAGCAUCAGUAUAUAUCCGUUGCAAAAACUGGGCUAAAGUUGGUGAACUUCUCCCUAGUGUUUCCUCUCCAAAGAUACAUCUGCAGUAUGCCAAAGCAAAGGAAGCAGAUGGCAGAUACAAAGAAGCUGUCUUGGCCUACGAAAAUGCCAAACAGUGGGACAAUGUUAUCAGACUCUAUUUGGAUCAUCUCAACAAUCCAGAAAAGGCUGUUAGCAUUGUCAGAGAAACACAAUCUCUUGAAGGAGCCAAGAUGGUAGCCAGACUCCUGAAACACAGCUGGAGAGAACUCUGCAUGCACUGGAUGUGUGGUGGACUCUGCUAUACUACUUGGCAGCUACAAAACAUACGCACCACAAGAAAACUCUUUGUGAUGUACAGAGGGAAAUCUAAGGGCCAGCCAGUUACGAGACAAAGGCUGUCGCAAUGGAUUGUUCAGCACAAUAAGAUGGAGAUCUAUGCUGACAUAAUUAGUUCUGAGGACACCACUAAUGAGGACUAUCAAAGCAUUGCCUUAUAUUUUGAAGGGGAGAAAAAGCAUUUUCAGGCUGGCAAAUUUUUCCUUCUGUGUGGGCAAUAUGCACGAGCAUUAAAACACUUUCUGAAAAGUCCAAACACAGAUGAUAACUUGGCUAUAGAAAUGGCAAUAGAGACGGUGGGACAGGCAAAAGAUGAAGCCUUGACCAAUCAGCUUAUAGAUUACCUUAUGGGAGAGAGUGAUGGCAUACCAAAGGAUGCUAAAUAUCUGUUUCGGUUGUAUAUGGCACUAAAGCAAUACCGAGAAGCCGCCAGGACAGCCAUAAUAAUUGCCAGAGAAGAACAAUGUGCAGGGAACUAUCGAAAUGCCCAUGAUGUUCUCUUCAGUAUGUAUUCAGAACUUAAAACGCAAAAAAUUAAAAUACCUUCUGAAAUGGCUACCAACCUUAUGAUACUACACAGCUAUAUUUUAGUAAAGAUUCAUGUUAAAUGUGGUGACCACAUGAAGGGAGCACGUAUGCUUAUUCGUGUAGCCAACAAUAUCAGCAAGUUUCCAUCCCACAUUGUUCCCAUCCUGACUUCAACAGUCAUUGAAUGUCAUAGAGCAGGGCUGAAAAAGUCAGCAUUUGGUUUCGCUGCAAUGUUGAUGAGACCAGAGUACCGAAAUAAAAUUGAUUUGAAAUAUAAAAAGAAGAUUGAAACCAUGGUCAGACGACCUGACACAUCGGAAACUGAAGAGCCAACUACCCCAUGUCCCUACUGUGAAUUCUUGUUGCCUGAAUGUGAGCUGCUCUGCCCUGGCUGUAAAAACAACCUCCCAUACUGCAUUGCAACAGGACGACAUAUGGUCAAAGAUGACUGGACUGCAUGUCCCCACUGUGACUUCCCUUCUCUGUAUUCAGAAUUCAGAAACUUAUUACAGAAUGAAAGUACAUGUCCCAUGUGCUCAGAAAAAGUGAACAUUGUCAGCCUUAAGAAAAUAGCUGACUACACACCAUACCUCAAGCCUGAAGUAGAGCAAUAAUUUGAGUCAGAUGUUGGCCACACAAGUGCUGCAACAGUGGAAUUGUCUAGAUUUUAAGCCCAGUUGGUACUAACCUUGACGUUCUUUUGUAAUUGAAUAUGUUCUAAUUGUGAACCUGUAAAUAUCUUUUAUAGAGAUUUUGUACUGUGACCUUAUCUGUUUCCAAUAAAAUUUGAAUGCUAAAGUUCAA